UGAGUAUCUUAAUCAGAGCGCCAGGGAAAAAACUUGUUACUUAAAAUUCCUAGGAAAGCCCGGCGUCCCGCCACGUUUCGGCCGGCGAAGGCGAAGGCGAAGGCGAAAUAUGGUGGGAAGAUCAUCGAGUUCGAACCCUUCCGAUGUCCUCCGGCAAAUCAAAGGUUUCGUCCUAUUACUCAUUCAGGAUAUCUCCAGGAAUCGCGCUCCUUCGGUUGCCCUCGAUCGCUUCCGGAUCUACUGCUCCGAUCCCUCCGGGAACUGUAUUUGCAACUAUGACUUGCCCAUUGGCAAGGAAAUAAUCUCACUUGAAAAGGAAAGCCAUGCUUACAGACUAGAUGUACUGCUUAGAGUAUUACAAAUUAUACAGCAGCUAUUACAAGAAAAGAGACAUGCAUCCAAGAGGGAUAUCUACUACAUGCACCCAUCUGUUUUCUUAGAGCAAGCAGUUGUUGAUCGGGCAAUCAAUGACAUAUGCAUCCUUUUGAAAUGCAGCCGUCAUCAUCUUAAUGUGGUGCCUGUAGGAAAAGGGUUGGUGAUGGGUUGGCUAAGAUUUGUAGAAGCUGGUAGGAAAAGUUGUUGCAUAAGGAGCCCUGACACUGCCUAUCCUGUUCCAGUAAACUCUGAAGAUAUCAAAGAUAUUGCAAGUGUUGCCAAAUAUGUACUUGUAGUAGAGAAGGAAACAGUUUUCCAGCGGUUAGCAAAUGAUCAAUUUUGUGAAAGGAAUCAUUGCAUUGUCAUUACGGGAAGAGGCUAUCCAGAUGUUCCUACGAGAAGAUUCUUGCGCCAUCUUGUUGAGCAGCUGCAUUUGCCUGUCUAUUGCCUUGUAGAUUCUGAUCCUUAUGGUUUUGACAUUCUGACAACUUACAGGUUCGGUUCUAUGUUACUUCUAUUAAAAUCUCAUCUGUUCUCGAAGCAAAUGGCAUAUGAUGCAAUGUUGAUGCAUGUUCCUGAGCUACGCUGGCUAGGAGUUUUUCCUUCUGAUUUUGAGAAGUACAAUCUUCCGGAUCACUGUCUUCUCCAUUUGACAUCUGAAGAUAAGAAGAAAGUUGAAGCCAUGCUAUCCAGAUGCUAUUUGCACAAGGAAGCCCCAAAAUGGAGGUUGGAGCUGGAGAUCAUGCUGCAAAAGGGAGUGAAAUUUGAGAUUGAAGCACUGUCUGUAAAUUCACUAUCAUUUUUGUCAGAUUGGUAUAUUCCAAGUAAGAUUCAAAAUGGAUAUUAUAUCUGAGUAUAUGCUUAGUCUCAUACAGAUAUAAUGAGGUUAUAAUGAAUAUUGUUGCAUCAAUUAUUUUCGCUCUCUUUUCUCA